AUGGAGAAUUCCGCAAUUCAUUUAUAUCGCGAAAGGGAACAAAAAAACUGGACGGAACGCAACACAGCAAUCAUUCAACGAAUUCGCGAGGCAUCUUUCGAAAAAGAUGUGGCACAUUUGUCGUAUAUUCAUAUACUUGAUCUACACGAAGACGGUGUGAUUAAACCACACAUCGACAGUAUCAGGUAUUGUGGUGAUGUUAUCUCAGGAAUUUCCCUCUUAUCAGAUGCCGUUUUGCGUUUAAGACAUAAAGACAGAAAAGAUGAACUGAUUCUCGAUAUAUUGAUUGAAAGAAGAAGUCUCUACAGAAUUGGAGAUUUUAGUAGAUAUGAGUUUACGCAUGAAGUUCUCUCCAAGAAUGAAUCAUUUUUCAUGGGUGAAUCCGUGCCAAGAAAGCGCCGGAUCUCAAUUAUAUGUCGUGAUUUACCUAAGACAUUUGUAGAAGCACAGAAAAAAUUACUUGAACAUUUCAAAAAUAAAAAAUAA